AUGGCACAGCAACCCGGCGACAUGCCUAUCGAAAAACCAAUGAACGGGGUCGCUGGAGCGUAUCCCAGUGGUGCUGCUGGUGCUUCAGGGAAAUGGUCGUUUGGUCUCUUCGACUGCUUCUCUCCAUUUGGGACCUGCUGUAUGGCAUGCUGGUGCCCGUGCAUCCUCUACGGCAGGACGCAGGACCGGUAUAAGGGUGACCAUGACUCUAGCGGUGUCAACGGAUCGUGCUGCGCAUUCUAUGCCUUGAUGUGUAUUGGCGGCCACUGCAUCCUCCAGUGCAUGAAUCGAGGCUCAACACGUGACAGAUAUGGCAUCGAGGGAGGCAGCUGUGGUGAUUUCUGCACGUCGUGCUGGUGUGGAUGUUGCGCCCUGAUUCAAGAAGACAAGGAAGCCAUCGUGAGGACGACUGGCAUGGAUCCAAAGACCAAGCAGCCCUAUGCCAGUCCAGGUCAAAUGACAUAUCCAUGA